CUGCUAUAUAUGAAGGUGUCUAUUGGCCUAUCGGACUCAUAAUCAUUCCAUUCCAGUACCAGCAAACAACACGAUGGCGACGACAAUUCAGCGAGUGAGCCCUGUGGCCGUGUUGUGCCUUUUCGUUGGCGUGUUCGUGACACUCUCCCCAACUGUGACCGCGCUGCAGUGUUAUCAGUGCCAAAGUGCCACCAGCUGGAGCGACUGUAUGUCACGGGCCGUAACCGUGACGUGCGGUUCAACCACCCCGUUUUCGGUGAUGGGCCGUGAGAUCUUUCUGGCUCCGGAAGCUCGCCAGAAUGCGGAGCCCGCCUGCCUUGGAGUGUACGCCGAGGGUACGCUCGGUGGCGUCAAGGGCUAUGCGCAUGUGAGGGAGUGUUUCGUCAACGACAAAAGUAUGUGCAGUUUAGUGCAAGCCUCGUUGCCACCGGAGAUUAAGAUCAAGGAUUGUGACCUGUGCACCACCGACCUGUGCAACGGAGCGAGCCGGUACACGGUGGGACUGUCCAGUUUGCUGCUACUAGCAUUCGCCGUACUGCUGCGGAAGUGAAGUGCUUCCGUGUGGGCAGGGGGGACGUUGGUGGGAGUAUUUAAGUACUUAAUUUAUCGGGUAAAUAGAGUAGCGAGCGAAGCCUGACUAAUGGAACUUUAUACCCCUCUAUUGGUCCACAUUGCACCACGAUCUAGUGUUACUUCCGCGGUCCAAUACGCCAUCAGCCAAGUGUUUCACUCCCUCUACAAGGCUUUCCAGUGCGUGCCCAGUGCGCUAUUGAAUAGUUAGUAUCAACGUGAUAGUUUAGCUAUCGACGAUAUCACUUUAUCGAAGCGUAUCGCGAUAGUACGUGGCCAUUGGCGGUCGUUUGUUGUAGCCACUUCAGAGGAACACCCUUGACAACCGGAAUACACCCAUAUUUUCAAUGGAACCACUCCUUGGCUGCGUCUAAUGAUUCUGGAACAAUAAAAAGGGUGUGUUGUGGAGCAAAAAUAAAAUGCAGUUACAACAGUG